UUUCAGCUUAAUGAAAUGCACAAGCCUGGCAAUGUGGUUCUUGGUGGGCUGUUUGAAGUCCACUAUACCUCGGUUUUUCCUGAGCGGACAUUCAUCUCAGAACCAGAACAGCCCAGAUGCAAAGGCUUUGACAUUCUAGGAUUCAGGCAUGCCAUGACUAUGGCCUUUGCUGUUGAUGAGAUCAACAAGAACUCCACUCUGCUUCCUAAUGUGACUCUGGGAUACAGUCUUUACGAUAACUGUGGGGCACUUGUUGUUGGAUUCAGAAGUGCAUUAUCAUUGGCAAGUGGUCGAGAGGAGCAGUUUCUGCUUGAGGAGAACUGUUUAGGGACCCCUCCAGUCCUCGGGAUUGUGGGUGACCACUAUUCAACAUUUUCUAUUGCCAUCUCCAAUGUCCUAGGUUUAUACAGAAUGCCCAUUGUAAGUUAUUUUGCGACAUGUUCCUGUCUGAGUGAUCGGAAACGGUUUCCAUCAUUCUUUAGAACAAUCCCAAGUGAUGCUUUCCAGGUGCGUGCUAUGAUUCAGAUUCUAAAACACUUUGGUUGGUCUUGGGUCGGCCUUCUAGUCAGUGAUAAUGACUAUGGACGUAAUGUUGCCCGAUCCUUCCAAUCUGACCUGGUUCAGUCUGGUGAAGGCUGUCUGGCCUACUCAGAGGUUUUGCCCUGGGACAGUGACCCAAAUGAACUCAGGAGGAUUGUACAUUUAAUAAAGAUAUCAACAGCUCGUGUGGUCAUAGUGUUUGCUCACGAGAUCCACAUGAUUCAACUAAUGGAAGAGGUGGCGAGGCAGAAUGUAACAGGUCGCCAGUGGAUGGCAAGUGAAACCUGGACAACAGCUUCUGUACUCCAGACCCCCCACCUAAUGCCGUACUUGAGCAGCACACUGGGCAUUGCCAUCCGUCGAGGAGAAAUACCAGGGCUCAGGGACUUCCUUUUACAAAUACGUCCUGACCAACAUGACAACAACACCUAUGGAAAUAACAUGGUGAGACAGUUUUGGGAAGACACAUUUCAGUGUAGAUUUGCACCACCUCCAGCAGGUUGGGUUGAAACCGAGGGAGAACUAUGCACUGGACAGGAAGAUAUUGAACAUGUGGAGACUGAGUUUUUAGAUCUAUCUAACCUCAGGCCUGAGUACAAUGUUUACAAGGCUGUGUAUGCGCUGGCGUAUGCCCUCGAUGACAUGCUGCGCUGUGUCCCAGGGAGAGGGCCUUUCAGCGGGCACAGCUGUGCUACUUUGCAAAGACUGGAGCCAUGGCAGCUUGUACAUUAUGUGCAACAGGUGAACUUUACCACUCCAUUUGGUGAUCAAGUGUUAUUUGAUGAGAAUGGUGAUGUCUUACCAAUUUAUGAUAUCAUGAACUGGCUGUGGCUCCCUGACGGAAGAAUUAAAGUGCAGAAUGUGGGUGAGGUUAAAGAGUCAGUCAAAGGUGAAGAAAUCAUACUUGAUGAAGACAAAAUCUUCUGGAGCUUUGAAUCCACAGAGCCACCACAGUCAGAGUGCAGCGAGAGCUGUCCUCCAGGUACCCGCACGGCCAGAAGGAAGGGGGAGCCUGUGUGCUGCUUUGACUGCAUUCCGUGUUCUGAGGGAAAAAUCAGCAAUAAGACUGACUCCAUGGAGUGCACCAGUUGUCCAGAGGAUUUCUGGUCCAGCCCUCAACGUGAUCACUGUGUUCCUAAGAAAACCGAGUUCCUUUCCUAUCAAGAGCCUCUGGGUAUAUGCUUGGCAACGGCCUCGUUGUUAGGCACAUUUAUCUGUGCUGUUGUCCUGGUAAUAUUCAUCUAUCAUCGCAGUACACCCAUGGUACGCGCCAACAAUUCAGAACUGAGUUUCAUGCUCUUGGUGUCACUUAAACUAUGUUUCCUGUGUUCACUGUUAUUUAUGGGACGCCCAAGUCUGUGGACAUGCCAGCUGAGACAUGCAGCAUUUGGGAUCAGCUUUGUGCUUUGUGUCUCAUGUAUUUUGGUGAAAACCAUGGUGGUUCUGGCAGUGUUCAAUGCCUCCAAGCCAGGAGGAGGAGCCAGGCUCAAGUGGUUUGGUGCUGUGCAGCAGAGAGGAACCGUUCUAGCUCUUACCUGCAUUCAGGCAGCAAUCUGCACCGCGUGGAUUGUCUCUGCCUCACCAGCUCCACAUAAAAACACUCAAUACCAUAAUGAUAAGAUAGUUUAUGAGUGUGUAGUUGGGUCCAGAGUUUGUUUUGCAGUGUUAAUGGGCUACAUUGGCCUACUGGCUAUCAUUAGCUUCCUGUUAGCAUUUCUGGCGAGGAAUCUUCCAGACAACUUCAAUGAGGCCAAGCUGAUCACUUUCAGCAUGCUGAUCUUCUGUGCUGUGUGGGUGGCCUUUGUUCCUGCUUAUGUCAACUCUCCAGGCAAAUAUGCAGAUGCAGUGGAGGUAUUUGCCAUCCUGGCCUCUAGUUUUGGCCUCUUGUUGGCACUGUUUGGACCAAAAUGUUACACAAUCCUGCUGAAACCAGAGAGAAACACAAAGAAAGCUAUGAUGGGCCGAGGAACCACCAAGUCAUAAAAAAACAGCACUCAAAGUAAAUGCAUCAAUUAAU